GCCUCCCGCGCAGCGCCGCCGCCUGCAGCCCGCCGCAGCCUUCAAGAACACGGAGCAUCUCCCGCUACUUAAAAAUCAAACACGACUCAAAAUAAAGAUUAUUAGAAAGGAAGGAUGAAUGGACGGUCUUUGAUUGGCGGCGCUGGUGACGCCUCUCAUAGUCCUCUUUGGACCGACCCCUUUGGAAAUAAUGGCAGUGAGGCAGCGCGCAAAGGCUUCUGCAGGCUAAGCUUAGCCCUUGCCCACGGGCCGGACCAACAGGACUCCGAGGAAGAAGCAGCCAUGGCUGACAGCCCCAAUGUUGUGAAGCAGGAGCAGGGCGAAAGGAAGGUUUCUCCAUGCAGAGGGAAACUCCCCAAGGCUCUUGGCUACAUCACUGGUGAUAUGAAAGAAUUUGCUGAUUGGCUCAAAGACAGGUCUGUGGUGCUUCAGUUUAUCGACUGGGUUCUUCGGGGACUAUCCCAAGUGGUGUUUGUCAGCAACCCCAUCAGUGGAAUCCUGAUUCUGGUGGGACUUCUGGUCCAGAACCCCUGGUGGGCUCUCAAUGGCUGCUUGGGAACCAUGGUCUCCACUUUGACGGCCCUGCUGCUCAGUCAAGACAGGUCCGCAGUAGCCGCGGGGCUCCAGGGCUACAAUGCCACGCUGGUGGGAAUCCUCAUCGCCGUCUUUUCAGACCAGGGCGACUAUUACUGGUGGCUGUUAUUCCCCGUGAUCCUUAUGUCCAUGACGUGCCCGAUCUUCUCAAGCGCACUGAACUCUGUGUUCUGCAAAUGGGACCUCCCAGUGUUCACCCUGCCUUUCAAUAUGGCCUUGUCUCUCUACCUGGCAGCCACGGGACAUUACAAUCCCUUCUUUCCAAUCAAAUUGUUCAAACCGGAAACCUCCGUGCCCAUCGUCAACUGGGAAGACCUCAAUGCCCUGAAGGUAUUGAAAUCUCUGCCGGUGGGUGUGGGUCAAAUAUACGGCUGUGACAACCCAUGGACAGGGGGCAUCUUCCUGUGUGCCAUUCUGCUGUGCUCCCCGCUCCUGUGCCUGCACGCCGCAAUCGGAUCGCUGCUGGGGAUAGUGGCAGGGUUCAGUCUUUCGGCACCAUUUGAGAACAUCUACAGUGGACUUUGGGGGUUCAACAGCUCUCUGGCCUGCAUGGCAAUAGGAGGAAUGUUCCUGGCACUCACUUGGCAAACGCACCUCCUGGCUCUGGCCUGCGCCCUGUUCACGGCCUACCUGGGAAGCAGCAUGGCACAUGCAAUGGCGGUGGUCGGACUGCCAGCUUGUACCUGGCCCUUCUGUUUGGCCACCCUGGUGUUCCUUUUGAUGACCACGAAAAACCCCAACAUCUACAGGAUGCCCCUCGGCCAAGUCACCUACCCUGAAAAAAACCGCUCCUUCUACCUGGAGGCCAAAAAGAAGAUGGCUGAGAACCCUUUACAAGAGGAACACUCCUCCGGAGUCCUAGUGAUGAGUUAGAGCACUCUCCCACUGCCUGUCUUGUAGGAACUACGUCACACUAACCUGCUGUGCGCCUGGUGUUUUGUUUGUUUGUUUGUUUGUUUUUGAUGUUAGACUCCAGGGGACACCCCCAAGCAUAUGAUAGACACACAGGGACAGCCUUGGCUAUGGACUUCUAACCCCGAGUGGGGUGGGUCGAGUUGGAGCUGACAGAGACGGCUGUCACAUAUUUAUAAGGUCAAAAUGCUCCACAGAGAGAGCGCAAGGGAGACUGGAGCUAAUGAUUGAUAUGUAUUGAUCGUCUUGGUGUUUGGACAGCUGGGUGGUGUUAACAGUAUUAAAAAUUAAGCUCUACAAACCAACUAAGCCUUAAGUGAGUGGAAUCCAGUCACCCAAUCAAAGUCAACACAGAACUUUCCACUCAGCAGUUUGGGUUGUUUUCAAUCAAUUACAGACGUGGCCCACUGCUCAAGGUCCUGGAGCUGCAGGCUCCCUCCUCAAGGCUGCCCAUUGGGUGCGGGUCAUUCUUGUACUCAGAUGAAGUGUGUGUGUGUGGUGGGGGGCGGUUAGGCUGACAGUGCUGCGGGAGGGAAGAAAGAAUUGUAGUCACCCCAAACAAUUCUGUUGGGCCAUUUUUCUUGGAAGUUGCAAAGAAUUUUUUUACCCGGCGUUUUUGGUUUUGCUUUUAUCUUAUGGGAUUGGUUUCAAGACAAUAUUGGUUUGAGCUAGAAAAGCCACGUGGCUUCUCUAAAGAACAUUCAGACUCACCGCAGAUGCAGCACACUGAGUCGUCAGAAUCCGCUGUCCCCUUUUCUGUGCUCAUGCUUGGCUCUGUGUUUUAUUAUGGUGAAAGAUGUGACAACACAUUUGCUGUUUCAAUGACUGUAACAUGUAUGAUUCAAGGACCGUCACGUCAUUUGUCGUGGUGUAGCCAUUGGGCCCGUCUCAGUUUAUUGGGGAACGUCUUAGAGAUGUUAUGCAGACCGAAGGUUAAGGUCAUACCACAAAUGGGUGUUGUCAGAAGUAGGACUUCUUUCCAAAAUCAAACAUAAAAUAAGCAUUGUCUUUGGCACACUCACAAUAUUCUCUCUGAGACACCUCUGAUAUUGGAACCACCAAAAUCUAUCAGACUUUCAUAAUUGUUAUUAUUUUAAAAGUAUCAGCUCUAGGAGCCUUGGUGGUGCCGUCAGCUGCUGACCCAUCAGACACACCAUAUUUAAAGAGUGGCAAUCUGAUUCUGGAAAGAUCUACAGCCUCAGAAACCCUGCACGGUCAUCCUACACAUUCCUGUAGGGCCAAUUUGUGUAGGAAUCGACUGGCCAGCAACGGGUGUGGCCAGGUUUUGUCCAUCCCAGAGAAUUCUAUUUCCAAACAUGCUAAAGAUGGAGGCAGACUGUCAGACUUACGGCCUUCCACUUGGGUUUCUCUCCGUAUAGAGAACGGAACUGUUGGAAUCUACUUGAAGGUGUUUUCCUCAUCAGUGCCAGGUAUAUGGAUGGGGCUUCAAAAAGUUGGUGGAGAAAGGAAACUAAAAAGGUCAUCGAGUUUUGCCCACCACCAAUAUUUUGAAGCCCCCCCCCUCGCUCCCAUCCCCACCUUGUGCAGGUUGCUGAAUGAUCAACAGAAGUCACGGAGUGCAGCUACAGAGAUCUGAGAGAGGAGAUCAGGGCCUCCGGUCCACAGGAAAAUAAACAGCGUUCCAAUUUACAAACCCUGAAAUCAAAGGUCUCAGGAAACUAUGGAUUUUGCAUUUAAUGGAUUUUCUUGUAUGUGGUGGGGUGAAGAUGUGUCAGUGUUUGAACGGAAAUCUCCCUAGUUAUGGAAUGUGUGAUGUGAGAGUUGGGGAAACAGAUAACAAGCUCAACCAAAGACAACAGGAGAGAGGAGUCCCUGCUGUGGUGGGAGGAGCCUCAGCAGUGGGAGGCAUCCCUGCUGUAGGAGGAGCCAGAGUGAUGGGAGGAGUCCCUGCUAUAGUGGGAGGAGCCAGAAUGGUGGGAGGAGUCCCUGCUAUAGUGGGAGGAACCACAGUGGCUGGAGGUCCAUCCUCAGAAGUUCUAGCACCUUCUCAUGGUGUGCUCACGCCAAUGUGUAAAUAACAACAUUUCAAAGGCCUUGUAUAUUCUGUAAUGUAAGUGGCACAGAUUUUCUCAAUUAUUAAUCUUGUUUUUGUUAUUGAUCUUGUUAUUAAUCUUGUCCUAAUUCAAGUACUCUGUUGGUUUUCUUAGAGAGCCCUUGUGUUCUUCCUGUGGCCUGUUGAACAAGCUUCUAUGUACGCAGACUAAUAAAUGAUACUCUCAGGACAGUGCCCUGUAAGGGUUGCUUGAAAGUCA